AUGGGCCGAGUCUAUGCUUUACAAUCGUAUGUGUUGGCCGUCUCCUCGCCUGGUUGGUAUUCUGACUGGGAGAUCGUCGUGAAUGCAGGGGCCGUCACCUGCAAUUUUUCCAUGUUCCCCGUUGGAAGUCCCAAUUCGCUUUGCCCAAUUUGUCGCACAAUGCCCGAGCCCACGUUCAGUCCUGGUGGGAUUUUCCCAUCCGAUUCGGUCCUUGGCGUGAUCCCCAAGUCCUUAUGCAGUGCCUCAUCAGGGACGCCGAAUUACAAUUUGAAGGGGAUCGUGAAAUCAGCUCCCUACGACGCCAAUUCGCGUCUUGACCGACGUGACACAUCCACACAUGACUCCCGUGGCGCACGUUGGAAAGGAAUGGUUAUUGGUGCCAGUGUUGGCAGUACGGCUGGUGCCGUGAUCCUCGGAAUUGGUAUCUACCUAUUGUAUCGUGCUCAUCGCAAACGACGUAUUUCACCGUCUGAAUCUCUGCCAAUUGAGAUGCAGCCAGCAAGAUCUCCUCGCCCCAGACCUUCGAACGUCACACAAGUUCUACAUACUCGUCCUCCUCCACGAACCCAAGCGCAAGAGGCACCGGGUCCCCCCAGCUCUUGGGCCUCUAAGGCACCCCAAACUCCGUCACUGGCCAGCUUAGAGCUUCAGCCUCGACUCUUACAUCCCCGCGACAUCAGCCGGGCUACUCAUAUUAGGGCCAGCACCGGGUCUCAGUUCACAGAACAUUUUGAACCGGUAAUCAGGGCGUACCGACGCCUCUCGGGAGGAAUAUCUGCGGACAGGAGUCAGUCGCCAAGCAUAACGACUCAUCAAUUCCAAGAAGGGACCGACCCGCAGGGGAGCAGCCAGCACCGCGACCCAAACGCACCCAGCACUUCGACCCAUGAAGAAGCCUCGGAACAAUCUGAGCACACUCGGCGCGAUUCGCAAAUGACAGUCACCCUACCACCCGGUGCGGCAGCUCCAGUUGAAUCAGUCGGAAAUUACAUACCACCCGAGGCAACAAUCGCUCAGAACGGCCGAAUCCAACUUUCCUAA